UUCCUUUUACACGUCCCUCCUCCCUCUGUUCUCACUCACAACCCCACAAGAAGCAAUCUCUCUCUUGCAAGAUGGCAACGUCUCCGGUGAAAGAAGAGGAUAGAUUUGACAAACUAGGGAUCCAGGUGACAGAUCUACUUAUCUUUUUCUUUGAUCGACAAAUAUCUGAGAGAGAAAGAGCUAGAGAAAGAGAGCGAGAGAGAUUGAAGACGGUAGUGGUGGCCGUCCAUGGUGAAGAUGAUGGUGGUUGUUUUGUUGAGAAGCGGCUGCGGAGACAAAAGAUUCGGGUUCCGCGACCCUUAUUGUCCUCCGACAAUGUUCCGACUAAACUCGGUAUUCCGGCGGUCGAGUUUUUUUAUGAAUAUUCCAGGUUUGACUAGAUCGGUACUGUCAAAGGCAUGUAGAACUAAUUUCGGGGUUUUAAUUAUUCCGUUGAACUUCCGGCAAGCCUAAAUUCACAUGUAUGUCCCAUUUUUACUUCGCAGGGAUUCGUAACAUCAUAAUAGCAAUUGUCGGCCACUAAUGUAUAAUGUCGUCAGUGAACACUCUCUGUUUCCGGUAAUCAGAUUCUGCCACCGUAUAGAUCUGUCAUGUGUGCUAGGGUUUCGUUGUAAGCAUCUUCUUCAUUCUAUGCACAUUAUUUUCUUACUAAUCUGUGAUGAAAUAGAAAUAUGUUUGUAACUAGCAAUAGCAAGCUCUUUACGCCUUCAAUGCGAAAGUGAUACUCUACUGAAUUGGCAUGAUUCUAAACUAUUUUUAUCAUAAUGUAUCAGAAAGAUAACUUUUGGUAUU